AUUUCCGGGUCUGUGGUGAUUGAUGGAUAAGUCACGAAGGUAAAUGGUUUCCAAAUAUGAAUACCAAGCUGCUGUGGUAACUAUGUACAAAGAAUGUAGAAAGAAAAUAAUUGGAAAUGCAUGAUGGGAGAUAGCAGUCACGAUUUGAAGUGGUUACCAGAGAAACCAUCAGAACCAUUGCCUAGCGACUGUUGUGGUACAGGAUGCGUGCCAUGUGUCUUUGACCUAUAUGAGGAAGAUCUCAAGUUGUGGGAAGAGAAAACAAAACAAGGACCUGUACAAGCAGUGCAGUGUGAUACACAGGAUGAUGUUGAACCUGCUAUAAGUCCUGCACAAUAUACAAGUUUUGUGAUUGACAGCAUAACCAAUGUGUCUUCUGAUAGCAAAAUAUACAGAUUUAAAAUACCAGGCAACAAAAGUUUUGGAUUGAAUAUUGGUCAGCAUCUUAUACUCAGAGGGGAAGUAAAUGGAGAAGUGAUAACCAGACAAUAUACACCAAUCAGUACAUUGGACUUGAUAGGAUACUUUGAUGUACUUAUCAAGAUUUAUCAGAAUGGUAAAAUGUCAUCAUAUAUCAAAACAUGGAAUAUUGGUGAUAAAAUAGAAUGGAGAGGACCAUUUGGCACUUUCUCAUACAAGCCAAACAAGUUUCAGCGUAUUAUAAUGUUUGCUGCUGGCACAGGAUUAGCUCCAAUGUUACAAAUAAUACAGUCAAUAGUCUGUAAUAAAGAUGAAGAUACAUUUGUACGUUUGAUAUUUUGUUGUCGUACAUAUGAAGAUAUCUUAUUGAAGUCAACUCUCAAUGAAUUCGCUGCAUAUUGGAAUUUCACUGUUUGUUAUGUAUUAAGUCAGGAGCCUAAUACAAGCAUUCAUCGCUAUGGUGAAGAAGUGCAUUAUGGGAGACUGGAUGAAGACUUGGUUGUUAAAGAGACAACCCCAGUCAGGUCAAAUACAAUGAUUCUGAUUUGUGGAACAAAAUCAUUUGAUAAAGAUAUAAUCAAGUACAUCACAAAGACUGGGUACACAAAAGAUUGUUACUUCAAAUUUUAG